UUGACAACAGUUCGACUGUGUAGAUCUCGACACGUCAGGUCUGUGUGUGCAACGGGAGUCGGCUUUUCUUUUUCAGGUUUUUACAGAUGUCUUCAAUGCCAGAGUGGUUCGGACAGUGAUGUCGAAUUCAUAAUUGACCGGGAGAAGCAGUGACAUGGCUGCUGAUGACAAGUCCUCGUCUUCAUCCUCAACGGACUGGAGUGUCGAGCCGCCUGUCCUUUCUCCCACCAGCCCCUCACACCUGACCCACUUCAAACCACUGACUCCGGAGCAGGAUGAGCCCCCGCUUCGCUCGGCAUACAGCUCAUUUGUCAAUUUGUUUCGUUUCAACAACAAAGAGGAGGGACGGCCUCCUUCAGCUGCUUCAGAGAAGCCAGAUGUGCCAUCCCCUUCUCCUCAGUCUGAGAGGAGGAGCUGGUCCACCAGCCCUUCCCAUUCCAUCCAUGGUUCACGGACGUACAGGAAACAGCACCCUGAGCACCUCCGACGUACCUCUACCACCUCAGUGGAUUGGCCAGAUGGCAGCAGGAAGUCUGAUACAUCUUUAAGCAACCAUGAUCCUCGCACAGCUGUACAACUUCGUACGGCACUAAAAAGGCUGAAGGAAAUCAUGGAGGGAAAGAGCCAGGACAGUGAUCUGAAACAGUACUGGAUGCCAGAUAGCCAGUGUAAGGAGUGUUAUGACUGCAAUGAGAAAUUUACCACUUUCCGCCGUCGCCACCACUGUCGUCUUUGUGGUCAGAUCUUCUGCAGCCGUUGCUGCAACCAAGAAAUUCCUGGAAAGUUCAUGGGCUACACAGGAGACCUUCGGGCCUGUACCUACUGCCGUAAAUUAGCCUUAAGCUACGCUCAUUCAGCAGACUCUGGCUCCAUUGGAGAGGACCUGAGCGCUCUGUCUGACUCUUCCUGCUCUGUUUGUGUGCUGGAGCCCAGUGAGCCGAGGACGCCUGUGGGUGGACGUAAGGCCAGUAGGAACAUCUUCCUCGAGGAAGAUCUGACCUGGCAAAGAAAAACUCCCAUUGGGAUGAGAAAGAAUAUGAUUCAUCAGGAACCUCAGAGCAGUGGCCUCAAUUCCAGACUAACAACACUACAAGAAGACAUCGGCAAAUCACCAGCUCGGAAGAGAUCUGCCAGUGUGACCAAUCUGUCGCUGGAUCGUUCAGGAUCCUCCAUGGUGCCUUCCUACGACAGUUCAGUCAGCCCACCCCCCAGCCGAGCAAUCUCAGGCCCCAAAAGUGGCACAAAAAUGGACCACAGUGAUGAAGAGAGGAAGAUCCUAUUGGAUUCAUCCCAGCUGAAGGACUUGUGGAAAAAAAUCUGCCACAACAGCACAGGAAUGGAGUUCCAGGACCACAGAUACUGGCUGAGGACGUACCCCAACUGCAUUGUGGGAAAGGAGCUUGUCAACUGGCUGCUUAGGAAUGGCACUAUCUCCACCAGGGCCCAGGCUAUAGCAAUAGGCCAGGCACUGGUGGACGGCCGCUGGCUCGACUGUGUCACCCACCACGACCAGCUGUUCAGGGACGAGUAUGCUCUCUACCGCCCCCUCCAGAGUACAGAAUUCUCUGAAACACCUUCACCAGAUAGUGACAGUGUGAACUCCCUGGAGGGACAUUCAGAACCAUCGUGGUUCAAGGAUAUCAAGUUUGAUGACAGCGACACGGAACAGCUUGCAGAUGAGACUGAGUACACUAUGCCCAAUUCUGCCAGCCCCAGUAAGAGAACAUCUGUCAGCAGCUUCCAGUCAGUGGUGGACAGUGACUCAGCUGCCUCCAUCAACCUCAACAUGGAGCAAAACAAUGUGGACUUCCACAUCAAGAAACAGUCCAAGUAUCCACAUGUUCCUGCUGCUGAGCAGAGAGCUGAAUUUCUUGUAUCUGAAGAUGGUGGGCAGAACAUUGUCAUAAGUGAUGCCUUCAUUAAAGAGUCUCUGUUCAACCGACGUGUGGAGGAGAAAGCCAAAGAGAUGCUGUUUACUCCGCUGGGUUGGCAUCACAGCUCUCUGGACCAGCUCAGAGAGGAGAAUGGAGAGAAGAAGGCCAUGGAGAGGCUGCUCUCAGCUAAUCACAGCCACAUGAUGGCGCUGCUGCAGCAGCUGCUGUACAGUGAGUCUCUGUCACUGUCCUGGCGGGAUAUCAUUGUCCCAGUUGUCCGACAGGUGGUCCAAACGGUUCGCCCUGAUGUUCGCAACUGUGAUGAUGACAUGGACAUCCGCCAGCUUGUCCACAUAAAAAAGAUUCCUGGAGGGAGAAAGUUUGAUUCCAUAGUGGUGAACGGCUUUGUGUGCACCAAGAACAUCGCACAUAAGAAGAUGAACCCCUACAUCAAGAAUCCCAAAAUUCUGCUGCUAAAAUGCUCCAUAGAGUAUCUGUACAGAGAGGAGACAAAGUUCACCUGCAUCGACCCUAUUGUGCUGCAGGAAAAAGAAUUUCUCAAGAACUAUGUCCAACGCAUAGUAGAUGUUCGUCCAAAUCUGGUCUUAGUAGAGAAGACAGUGUCUCGUAUUGCUCAAGACAUGCUGCUGGGGCAUGGCAUCACACUGGUCAUCAACGUCAAACCGCAAGUCCUGGACAGGGUGAGUCGAAUGACCCAGGGAGAUCUGGUAAUGUCCAUGGACCAGCUCCUCACCAAACCUCGUCUGGGAACCUGCCACAAGUUCUACAUGCAGCCCUUCAUUCUGGCCAACGAUGAGAUUAAGACUUUGAUGUUUUUUGAGGGAUGUCCUGCUCAUCUUGGUUGCUCCAUUAAGCUGCGAGGUGCUUCAGAGUAUGAGCUCUCCAGGGUUAAAGAGAUCAUCAUGCUGAUGGUGUGUGUUGCCUACCACUCCCAGCUGGAGAUAUCUUUCCUAAUGGAUGAGUUUGCAAUGCCACCCAACCUGGCCCAAAGCACCUCCUUUCCCUGCCUGUUAGAGGGCUCCACUGCAGAGGAGGACGAGGGAGAUCUGGAGGACAAACAGAAAGAGACAAAGCCUCAAGAAAGCCUCGGAAAAGCAUCAGAACCUGAAGAGUCAGCAGUUGGAGCACAGUCAGAGGAGGAUGGGCUUAGUUCUGAUUCUUCAUCCAAAAACGGACAAACAGAAAACCUCACUAACAAAGUGUCAAACCCCCCUGGAAAGGAGGAAUCUGAGACCACAGAAACCAAGUCCUCCUCCCCAUUUUCCAACCUGCCUGCACCUGCUUUGUCUGUCUCUCCUCCUUUCCUCAUGGAAGAGGAUCAGGAAAUGUGUUCUGACACUCUGAUCAGGGCAUCUGAAGGCGAGACAGGGGAAGAGGAAAGUCUUAGGAAGGGGGGCUCAACAGGCAUGGAGGAUGAGGACAAUUCUGAAACCUCCACUCCCAGAUUAUUCCGGGAUCCUCUGCAGGAUGACACGGGGCUGUUUGUGGCCGAGCAGGUGGCUUCAUCUGAUGACCGUCUGAAGUCCAUCUCUGCUACUUUCAAACAGGAGCUGAAGGAUAUUAUUCUGUGCAUCUCCCCCUUCAUCACAUUUAAAGAACCAUUCCUUCUCACCCCUCCUGGAAUGCACUGCCCCAGCAGAGAUUACUUCCCUGAACAGGUCUAUCUAUCGCCUCUCCUAAACAAAGACUUGAAGGAACUCGAUGGACGCAGAAAGCGGCAGCUUCUUAAAGAUGGGUCUCCAUCCUCCCUCGCCAGUGGCCAGAGCAGCGGUGGUGCACCAGCGAAGCCCAUUGAUGUGCUCCCCUGCCACAGUCUGACCAGCACUCGCAUCAUAGAACAGCUGAACAGCAGCCAGGAACUUGCCAAAAUGUUAGCAGACUACAGAGCCAAGGGGGGUCGCAUCCGGCAGAGGGAGACCACUGACCGCUUCGCUCCUAUUAUUAGUGGUCAGAGCAAAGUGGGGGAAACACAGCUAAAACUUCCAGCCAAGGCUGACAGUGAAGAGGAGAAGCCAAGCAAACAGAAUGACCUAAGCUGGGCCCCCAAACUGGACUGUCUGAACCCUAUCAACCAUCAGAGACUGUGUGUGCUCUUCAGUAGUUCCUCCGCCCAGUCCAACAACGCCCCCAACCCCUGUGUCAGCCCCUGGAUUGUCACAAUGGAGUUCUACGGCAAGAACGAUCUCUCUCUUGGUGUGUUUUUGGAGAGAUAUUGUUUCAGGCCGUCUUACCAGUGCCCCAGUAUGUUCUGUGAGACUCCCAUGGUGCAUCACAUCCGACGGUUUGUGCACGGUAACGGCUGUGUACAGAUUGUGUUAAAGGAGCUGGACUCCCCUGUUCCUGGUUAUCAGCACACAAUUCUCAACUAUUCCUGGUGCAGGAUUUGCAAACAGGUCACCCCAGUCGUGCCUCUGUCCAAUGACUCAUGGUCCAUGUCCUUUACAAAGUACUUGGAGCUGCGCUUCUAUGGCCAUCAGUACACUAGGAGAGCUAAUGCAGAACCCUGUGGACACUCUAUCCACAAAGACUACCACCAGUACUUCUCAUACAACCAGAUGGUGGCUUCUUUCAGUUAUACCCCUGUUCGACUGCUGGAGAUUUGCCUUCCUCGUCCCAAGAUCUUCAUCAGGAACCUCGGACCUUCUAAAUCCAACCUUCAACAGGACCUUAAGGACUUUUCUCAAAAAGUGACUCAGGUGUAUUUAGCCAUCGAUGACCGCCUCACUUCCCUCAAGACAGACACGUUCAGUAAGACACGAGAAGAGAAAAUGGAGGACCUCUUUGCUCAGAAAGAUAUGGAAGAGGCCGAGUUACGGAGCUGGAUCGACAAGCUUCAGGCGCGUUUGCAGGCCUGUGGUCUUGAUUCUCCUCAGCAGCUUCAGGCCAUUCUGGAGUCACUAGUUAUGAAGAAACAGAGUCUGUGUGAGAUGCUGCAGUCCUGGAACAGCAGGCUACAGGACUUGUUUCAGCAGGAGAAAGGAAGGAAGCGUCUGUCUGUCCCUCCAAGCCCAGGCAGACACAGACAGACUGCUACUGAUGAAAGCAAGAGUAAUCUGGAUUCUUCCCCCCGUAACCCCUCUCCUGUGGUCCAGAAUGGAGAGAAAGAGGAUCGUCACCUCACCACGAUGCCCUCGGGCUCUUCCUCGCUGCUGCCAUCACCAGGAGACCUGGCCGCUGAACCGGUCACACCUGCACCUUCUUUAACCGAACAGGACUCUCUCAGCAUCCCAGAAGAUGUCUUCGACGGACACUUACUGGGCUCCACAGACAGUCAGGUGAAGGAGAAAUCCACCAUGAAAGCCAUCCUGGCCAAUUUCCUGCCCGGCAACAGCUACAACCCCAUCCCCUUCCCAUUUGACCCAGACAAACACUACCUGAUGUAUGAACAUGAACGAGUGCCCAUCGCAGUGUGUGAGAAAGAACCAAGCUCCAUCAUAGCCUUCGCUCUCAGCUGUAAGGAAUAUAAAACAGCACUGGAUGAUCUGUCCAAGACAUCAAACGGAGGAGGGGAUGAAACUCCACAGGUCAACAGCGCUGGAGAGAGUCGGGCGAAGAGCAGCCCUGCCAGACCCAGUGAGUCGGCCUCGUCCCAGCAGAGCCGAAGCAGCGUGGACGCAGAUCCACUCAAGGAUGUUGAUUUGUCAGAUAAACAGAAGAAACAGACACUGAAUCCACACAUCGAGCUGCAAUUCUCUGAUGCCAAUGCCAAAUUUUACUGCCGAAUCUAUUAUGCCGAGGAGUUCCACAAGAUGCGAGAGGAGAUCAUGGAAAGCUCAGAGGAGGAUUUUGUCCGUUCACUGUCCCACUGUGUCAACUGGCAGGCCCGCGGUGGCAAAUCUGGAGCAGUUUUCUAUGCAACAGAAGAUGACCGGUUCAUCCUGAAACAGAUGCCCAGACUGGAGGUCCAGUCCUUCCUGGACUUUGCUCCUCACUACUUCACCUACAUCACUGGAGCUGUGCAGCAGAAACGACCGACUGCACUUGCCAAAAUCCUUGGUGUUUACCGGAUCGGUUACAAGAACUCCCAGAACAACACGGAAAAGAAACUGGACCUGCUUGUGAUGGAAAACCUUUUCUACGGACGCAAGAUGGCUCAGGUGUUCGACCUCAAAGGGUCACUGAGAAAUCGUAACGUGAAGACUGACUCGGGGAAGGAAAGCUGCGAGGUGGUUCUGCUGGAUGAGAACCUCCUGAAGCUGAUCCACGACAACCCGCUGUACAUCCGCUCCCACUGUAAGUCCAUUCUCCGCGCCGCCAUCCACAGCGACGCCUACUUCCUCUCCAGCCAUCUCAUCAUCGACUACUCCUUACUGGUGGGGCGAGAUGAUACUACCGAUCAGCUGGUGGUCGGGAUCAUAGAUUAUAUCAGGACAUUUACCUGGGAUAAGAAACUGGAAAUGGUUGUGAAAUCUACUGGAAUACUGGGAGGUCAAGGGAAGAUGCCUACUGUUGUAUCUCCGGAGCUGUACAGAGCUCGUUUCUGCGAGGCCAUGGACAAGUACUUCCUGAUGGUACCGGACCACUGGACCGGCCUGGGCAUCAACUGCUGAGCGGUGCGUAGAUGUCCACCUACAGUUCCACACACAGGCACUCCUCAUGGACUUUCUAUGCAUGGAAAUGAGCUCCCAUAUAAAGACGCCUCCAUCUGUAAACGCUACUUGAGACCCAGAAGCACACUGGACGCUGUAAAAGACGAUGAUGUGGACUGUAGCCUGACCGGUACACAGCACAGUAUCAUUCCAUUGGACCAGUAAUUCCACCUGUUUUUAUCACUGGGGACACAUUUCAGUAUUAUGUGAUAAUUUAUGUUUCCUAGGCAGUGUUUUUAUUUGUGCCAUGAGUCCAAUGGUUUCAAGAGGACCCACCCUGACAAAGCACUGACCACAUUCAGUCUCGUGGUUAUAGUUUGGUAAACAAACCAAUUCAUGUAAUUUAAAAUUUGUAAAUGUACAGAGAUUAUGUAACUAUUAAAAUAUUAUUAACACUGA